AUGGCUCGCAAGACGACCUUGGAUCUGGUCAACGAAUGCGAUAACUUUCCCUACCGCUACGACGACGUCAAAACAUACGACCAUGCCGUAUCGGCUUACUACUCCUUCAAGCUGAACGGAUGUCCAUCCACUCUCGGCUAUGUCACACCCAACAUCGCUGGUCGUCUGCCUCUCGACAAGCACUGGUCUGUGGAUCAUGUCAACCACACACUCAUGUUUCAGCCACAAAAUGCCAGUACCUUGGAACAGCGCAAUGCGAUACUUGCCGAGUAUCUGCAGCAAGUUCGACAACAGCACGUCUUUAAAGUCCUGGACGGCUGGCGAGACGAGUUGUAUCCUAUCUAUGGCCCUAAUCGCGAGCUGAUUCUGAGCAUGGAGCGCUCUGCUAGCGCGCUGUUCGGCGUUGUCACGUAUGGCGUCCACAUGACCGCUUAUGUUGCUUCUGAUAGUGAAGGUGGAAUGAAGAUCUGGGCGCCGAGACGUGCGGAGACCAAGCAGACCUACCCCGGCAUGAUGGACAAUACCGUUGCCGGUGGAUUGAGUACUGGCGAGGAGCCUUUGGAGUGCUUGAUUCGAGAGUGUGAGGAAGAGGCCUCGAUACCGGAGAAUAUUGCUCGACAAGCAAAGGCGUGUGGGACUUUGACAUACUUCCACAUCCGCGACGCGCGAGCUGGCGGCGAGACGGAAUUGUGCCAGCCGGAGUGUCAAUACGUUUAUGAUCUGAAGCUGCCAUCAGACUUUGUGCCAAAGCCGGGUGAUGAUGAAGCAAUCGAUUUCAGGUUGCUCUCAAUCGCAGAAGUUCAGGAAGCGCUGGCUGAUGGGAAGUUCAAACCGAACUGCGCUUUGUUAUUGGUCGAAUUUCUCAUCCGGCAUGGCUUUCUGACACCAGAAGGAGAGCCAGAUUACAUCGAUAUAGUGUCGAGACUGCACAGGAAAAUGGAAUUCCCUCUGCGGUAG